ACGUGUUUUGUGUGCGCACGCGGCGGCGGCGCCAUGUUAAAUCGUCCUCCCGUGAGACUGCGGCUGUUAGCUUAGCUUAGCCGCAGCUAGCCUCUUUGCUUUUCACUGUCUGAGGGCGACGACGUGAUGGAACUGGAUUCACUGCAAGAGGCGCUCAGAGAUUUUGACAAGAAAGCAAAGAAGGAGGCAUCUCCUCUCCUGGAGCAGUUUCUUUGCCAUGUUGCCAAGACUGGAGAGACCAUUGUUCCGUGGUCACAGUUUAAGAACUACUUCUUAUUUAAAUUGGAGGAAGUGAUGGAUGAUUUCAGAGCCUCAGCACCCGAGCAGAGAGGGCCUGCAAAUCCCAAUGUGGAAUCCAUUCCAUUUGAGGAUAUGAAGGAGAGAAUCCUGAAGAUUGUGAAAGGAUAUAAUGGAAUCCCUUUCACGAUUCAGCGGUUGUGCGAGUUACUUACAGAACCUAAGAGGAACUACACAGGAACAGAUAAAUUUCUCAGAGGAGUAGAGAAGAAUGUAAUGGUGGUAAGCUGUAUUCAUCCAACAUCAGAGAAAAAUGGAUGCAGUGCUGUCAAUAGGAUGAAUGGAGUGAUGCUUCCUGGGAACACAUCUGCUUUUACAGAGAGGAAAGUGAACGGUCCUGGAACUCCUCGUCCACUGAACCGACCAAAAGUGUCUCUGGCCAACUCUCUAGCAGCAAACGGCCUGCCCGACAGCACAGACAGCAAAGACCUCAGCACAGACCCAGAAGAUGAGACGGACACCAGUGAGGUCUCGGCAUCAGGUGGCUCGCUGGGGAGCUCGAUGAAGAACAAGCAUCCAGAUAUGGAAGAGGAAAUGGACGCGGGGCAGCAAGAGGUGAAAAGACUUAAGUUCAGCAAUGAUGAGGAGGAGGAAGAAGAGGAUGAGGAGGAAGAGGAGGAGCAGGAGGUAGAUGCACUAAGACCUUUACAUACCACCUGCCUCUCAAAAGAGGCAGAAGCCAUGGUCCAUGAGGAAGAAGACAAGGUUAGUUACAGCAAGGAAAGUGAGACCUCCAGCAGUGCUCCCGCUCUUGAAGACCAAGAACCAACAAGCAGCACGCAGUCUGACGUUGGCGCAGGCUUAAGUCCAGAGGCGGAACGGGAGGUGCCCUGCAGUUCCCAGGAGGAGGGCGGUGACACAGAGCAGAUGGAGCAGCAAACGCCAGCCGGCACGUCGGAAAGCUCCGAGUCCAGCAGGAACAGCGAGGACAGCAGCAGUGACCCAGUGAGCAGCAGUAGCAGUGACAGCAGCUGUAGCAUAGAGGAGCGCACAGCCGAGGCCCCCGCUCCCCCCAGCAGUACCACUGAUGCUCCUACAGAGGGCGCUGGGGACAGUGGCGUGUUGAACACUGGGACUAGUGAGGAGCCCAUGGAGCAGGACUAGACUGCAGCUGCGUGUGACCCCUAAACCAGCUUGUCCUCAUGCCCAGCCUGUGACGGGCAGCGAGGAUAACUGCACCUCAUACACACGAACGCCUCGUCUCACUUUGGACACUCCGAGCACUGAUGUGGGCAUACGACAUUUUUUCAUUUGAAGUUUUCAAUUCUUUUAAACUGGAAUAUUUUAUCUCUCUUUUUAAGUUUCCUUUAACACGAGGGUGGCUGUGAGUUCGUCAUGGCCGCAGGUUUUGGGAUGCUGUGACGGUCUGGCUCUGUUUGUUUUUUUCUUAACGGGAUGAUUUGUACUCAGACUAGAACCAGAAUGAAGUUGAAGCGAGCUCCUUCCAUGGUUUGUGUUCCUGACUGAAGCCCCGCCGCCACCACACCAGGAUGUUGAACUUCAAUGAAUUAAUUUUUUCUCUCCUCAUCCUUGUGAGAUGGUAGUUAUUCUGUGUCCUUAUUUAACUAAUGAUACACUACCAAUCCACUGAACAAUACUUUGACAUGCUACCUUGUAGAGGCGUCGUCUGUAAAAUUAUAUAUUUUGGAUGCAUAAAACGACCAUAAUUUAUAUGAUCAUUUCAAGUCGGUCACUUAUUUUGGAGUGUUUUCUUUUUGUCUGCCAGUUGUAGUAUCCAAAAACCAGCUGUAAGUACAAAGACGACUUCUGCUUUCUUUGUAUCGUGUUGUCACCAUGUUGUUUUCACCCACCCAUCAUCCAGAGCGGUUUCUGGUUCCAGUGCGACACCCAUUUUCUGCAGCUGUACUUUUGAUAUUUAGAAUUUUAAAUUUCUGUAAAGUAGAUUUUUGUAGAUUGUAAUACAGUAUGUGUUCACUGCCUUUGUGAAACCAUAUAUAAUUGUAUAAUUUCUGUGUAUACUCUGAAUGCUUUGGCUUUCAAUGCGGUAUUCAGAAACAGCAAUAAAUGUUAACAUUUUUA